UGAAUUCCAGAUCUUGACAUGUCCUGAUGCCGAUGCAGCUGCAAAUACAAGUGCCGAUGCCGAUACAGAUGGCGUCGCUGCGGCUAUGGCUGCGUCUAUGAGUGCGUCUGCUCUCGGUGACCACCCGCAGGAGAUCCGGCAUGCACGCACGAUCGCGGGGCGGCCUCCUUGGCCGACUCGGCACAUCCACCGGCACCGCAGACAUGUCCCAGAUCGACUCGCCGUGGCCUUCGUUGGCGGCUCUCCUUCGUCGCUGUCCGUCUUCUCGCCCUCGCCGCCCUCGCCGCUCGCAGGGCCUCCGCCGCUCCUAUCACAGCGGACAACCCUCUGUCCUCGUGCCUCCCCAAUCAGACAAUAGCCGCUGCCGGCCGAUUCGGUUUGCUGGGCUGAUCAACAGGAUCAGUCUGCGACCGCUGUCGUCCGGGGUCUCACACAGACCGAUCGCAGCAACAACAAGCAGACCCAAAGCCUGCCGGUCGCCAGCCUCUCUCUGCCCCUCUCCUCUGCGGCUGUUUGCCGGCUCUCCACACUGUAGGCGGCUGCCAGGGGCAUUAAAUCCAAACAAAGGGUGGCUAUCCUCAUUAAAGACGAUGCCUCGAUUAUUCCGCUGCAGCCUUCUCCUCCUGCUAUCCCUCCUCCUUCUGUUCGGGCUUCCUUUAUAUACCAAGUGGCUUCUGUGACGCUACCACAAGACUCUUGGUGAAAAAUCCUGCCAAGAAGCUCAUCUGCGAAAGGGAGAGGCGUGCGCGAGGACCGACACCGUUCGAAGAAGCACUCCUGCCACAUCCCUGGCUCACA